AUGGCAUCCAAAACCGAAGAGUCACAGCUCCAACAGCUGACGUUGGGUAACACAACUGCUCCUCCAGUCGAAUUUGAAUCAUUUGACCUGCCAACCGCCAAUCAACGUAUUCUCGGGCCACCACAUCCCAAAGACACACUUAUCCCCCUUGCACUUCGCCCCGCUUCAUUCAACACAGACAUCACGUUGGAAAAUGUGGUAGAUACAAUCAAAGCCCUCCAGGUAGAUCGAGCCUUGACCAAGAAGCUGGCAAGACACGGCACUUUGCUCUUUCGAAAUCUACCCAUCCGGGAUGCCGAGGAUUUCAGCACUUUUGCUCACGCUUUCGGGUACACACCGCACGAGAUCAUCGGCAUCGUGGUUGACAGACCGAUCCUCGCGCCGAAUGUCGCACCGGCAAACGAAGCACCCAAGGAGGUACUGAUAUACAACCACAAUGAAUCUCCACAAGUCCCCCACGCACCCGGGUAUAUCUUUUUCUACGGGCAUCGUGUCCCUGCUCAUGGAGGCGAAUCUCCGAUCUCCUCAUCGUUGGAACUAUUCCACAGAGCUCAGCAAGAAAUCCCAGAACUCAUCGACGAACUUGCCGAGAAAGGGAUUUUGAGCAGAGUUACAUAUCGAAAAGAGAAGCAAUUUGAGGGCGGUUCAACUUUGCGUCAGGCUUUCGGUAAAGAAAUUCAAGAUGGGGACGAUGAGAGCACUCAACGUCGAAAGAUCGAGGCACAGAUUGCUCGGUAUGGUAGAGGAAAGCAUACAACAUGGGAAUGGAUAGAUGAUGGACUGGUCUUGACGCACAGACUGCCUGUGAUUCGCACCCAACCUGAGACCAACUUGCCCACUUUAUUCACUGGGUUGGCGGCAUAUUGGAAGCGUACCCAGCUUGAUACGGAAGCGCGCAAGAACUCUACACAGCAGCUAUUUGGGGAUGGUACGCCUAUUCCUGAAAAGUACUUAGUGCGCUUGGCAGAAAUCACUGAUGAGAUUCGGGUACUGCAUCGGUGGGAGAAGGGGGAUGUUUUGGUUUUUGAUAAUGUCAUUGCGCAGCAUGGCAGAGAGCCCUGGCAGGGGGAACAAUCUGAUCGAGUAGUUCAGGCAAGCCUAUUCGAUGCUGAGACUGUGCCCGGGGGAUAUGGAUUUGGAGACUGGGCGCAGGUUGCGGCAGCGCUUCCCUAG